AUGAAUUCCCUCAAGGGCCUGCUCUUGUGGGCAGCAGUUGCCACGGCUGGCACUAUCGCUCUCGAGGAAGUGGGGUCUCCGGAGCACCUCGUGAGCCGCCGCAAGUUCUCCAAGCGCUUCAUCGACGACAAUGGCAACUACAACAUUUCAUUCUACCAUCUCAAUGACGUCCACGCCCAUCUCGACGAGUUUUCCUCCUCAGGCACCGACUGCACUCGUCCAGAGAGAGGCUGCUACGGUGGUUACGCCCGCAUCAAGCAUGUCCUCGGCGAAUCCCGCCCUUCGCACCCGGACUCGUUGCUCCUGAACGCCGGUGAUGAGUUUCAAGGUACCAUGUUCUUCUCAUACUAUGGCGGUUCGAAAAUCGCCGAGACGCUCAACCAGAUCGGCUUUGAUGCCAUGACGUUGGGGAACCACGAGUUUGACCGCGGCGAUGAUCACCUGGGCGAGUUCCUUGACAACCUGACCUUUCCUAUUGUCAGCGCCAAUAUAAAGUCCGACCAUGCGGUUCUGAACAAGACAAUCAAGCCUUUUCACUAUUUUGAACAGUACGAGCUGGCCGUCAUCGGUGUCACGACCGAGACUACGCCAGGAAUCGCCAAUCCCGGCCCGGGAACGACGUUUGAAGAUCCUGUGAAAAGCGUACAGGAGACUAUUGACUACUUGAGAGGCGAACUGGGAGUGAAGAGGAUCGCGGCGUUGACUCACAUUGGAUAUGAGGAGGACCAGAGGCUCGCGCGAGAGACUAAGGGUCUGUACUUGAUCAUGGGCGGCCACAGCCAUACCCCACUGGGAGACUUUGCCGGUGCCGUGGGCAAGUACCCAACCAUUGUUGAGAAUUCUGAGGGCGAAGAAGUCUUCAUCGUGCAGGCUUACCGCUGGGGAGAAUAUCUCGGCUACAUCGAUGUUACCUACGACACGGAUGGAAGAGUCAUGGAUUACCAUGGUGCGCCGGUUCACCUGACCAACACAACAGCCCAAGAUGAGGAUCUUCAGAGCCAGAUUGACCAGUGGAGGAAGCCGUUCGAAGAGUUUGCUGCCCAAGUCGUAGGAGAAAGCUUGGUGGUGCUAGAUCAGUCUCGUUGCCUGUUGGAGGAAUGUUUGUUGGGAAAUUUCAUGGCCGACGCCAUGCUCCAAUACCGAGUCAACAACACCACCCCCGAGACUGCCCCGGCCUUUGCGCUCAUCAAUGCCGGCGGUGUUCGUUCCACUAUCGAUGAAGGCCCCAUCACCAGAGGGGAGGUCCUCACGUCCUUCCCCUUUGGAAAUGCCAUCGUCGAGAUCUCCAUGUCCGGUGAACGCCUGUGGUCGACUCUCGAGGGCAUCAUGUCCAAAGUCAACCAGGUCAAUGGCCGUCCCGUGACCUCUCUGUUACAAGUCAGCCGCGGAAUUGUCAUCGAGUACAACCCUGAUGCAACUGCAACAACGAAGCUGGUUGCUGUCACGAUUGGCGGCAAGCCCUUGGACAAGACUGCCGAGUAUCGGAUCGUGACACUUGAUUUCCUCGCAGGUGGGGGCGAUAAUUUCUUUGACCCCCCUUUUACCAACCCCAUCGUUCUCGACACACAAGACCAGGUUUUGGUGGACUACAUCGGGUACAAGACCCCUGUUGAUAUCAAGUUGGAGGGCAGAAUCAAGCCGAUCAGCCGAUGCAGACAAAAGUUUCUAGCCCGGAACGCGAAGCGGAUGCUGGACCCGACCCGGGGACUCUAAGUGUUUAAUGUCUCUCGUCUCCCACACAUUCUAAUGCAUGAUGAUUUUUAUAUGACGAACUUGAAUGAUGAGUUAGUUGAUGUGCUUGGCUGUCAGUGACAGGUAUUAUAGAGAUAUAUACCACCUUGCCUACCCUGGGGGUAGGAUGUCCUUCUGUAUCAAGAACAAGA